AUGAUCAUGAAAAUAAAGCAAUUUCUAAAUGACAAUACUGGAGCUCAAUCUAUCAAUAAAGUCAUAAUGGCUCUAUCUGAUUUGAAGCUCGUUGUUAAUGAUACUUAAUUUAUGUCUUAACUGGAAAUUAGUAAUCGGCUUAAGCAUUUUUUUUUAAAUGAUCAAACUAAAAUAUUAUUUUUAAACUAAUUGUUACAAGUGGUAGGAGAUCACUUAUAAAGAAAGGAAAAUUUUUAUGUAAAACUCAAAAUGCUGCUUUUAGUCCAUAUAAUUAUAAGUUCUUAAGUAGCAAGAGCAGAAUUUUCUAAAAUGAUCAUAAAUACUAAAUUAACCAUAAACAUUAAAUCAAAUGACGGAACAGAUAAUUUGAUUGGAAAAUUGUGCUAAUCCUAUUAUUGUUACAUAUACAAGUUGGCAUCGUAGACAACUUUAAUUAAUGAAGAUAUUGGUAAGCCUUACGAUGAUUUAAUGAUUUAUUUUACUCUCUCAAAUUAAUGUUAUAUUGGAAUGAAUAUGCAACGAUUGAUCGAGACAAUUAAUAAUGAACAAGUACCUAAUGAUAUAAUAGCUCAUUUAGUUAAAUUUCUGUAUUUUGAUAUAUAGGACAUUUACAUUUUCAUCUUGAAAGAUGUAAAGUACUUAAUCGAAAAGAAUCCCAAUCUCAUAAGUAACAAAUAAUAAUUGUUAGAACUUUAUAAAGAAUGUUAAUCUCUACAGGCAAGAAUGCUUAUCUUUUACAAAUUCAAUCGCAUCUUCCCUCAUUUUAAUCAAAUAAUGCCUCCGCACUCAAUUUAGAUCAAAUGUGCAAUCCUAAAUUUCGCAUUAGAAGAUAGACAGAUACAAGAAGUUUAAAGAUCCUAUGCUCAUCAAAUAAGAGAGCCUCUGUCCGUAAAGAAUUCAGAGAAAAAGACUCAAGAUUUCACAAGACCUUUCUCACCAAAAGUACAACAUUGA